AUGGUGGCCCUGUACGAUGCCUUUGCCUUCCCCAUUGUGCGCGACCAGCUCAUCGCCAACACGGUGCUGGUCGCCUUUGCCACUCUUGCUCUGAUUCUCCGGUUCAUCUCGCGACAUAUCCGGCAGAGUAAGAUCUGGUGGGACGAUGGCUGCUGUAGAGAUCCCCGGCGAGAAUGUAGUGGCCAUCCCGCCAUGGUCCUCGCCAAACUGAGCUAUCUCUUCUUCUACCUCCGCAUCUUCGUCACCAAGGGCUUCCGUAUCGCCGCCUGGGUCUGCAUGGGCUGUGCCUGUGCCUACUGGGCCGGCAGCAUGCUCCAGAUCUUCUUCAUCUGCCAGCCCUUCCGGAAGAACUGGAACCCCACGCUACCUGGCCACUGCGCAAGCCAGAACGUGGCCUUCUCGACCAUCGGUGCCUUCAAUCUCAUCACGGACGUCAUGAUCAUGGUGUUGCCCCUGCACUUUAUCUGGAAGCUGCAGAUGAGCACUGCGACCAAGCUGGCGCUCUACGGUAUCUUUGGAUUGGGUCUUUUUAUCUCCGCGAUAACCAUCAUCCGCAUCCGCGUCCUCACAACAGUCGACUUCCUCGAUCUACCCUACUCGAUGAUCUGGGCUGCCUUUUGGAGCGUCACCGAGCCGGCCCUGGCGAACUUGAACGCCUGCGUGCCAAUGCUCCGACCCGUCUUCAAGGCAGCUUUCCCAACACUGUUUGCCAGCCGCAAAAUCUACUCGACGCAGCCGGGGUCUGGAGUCUCAGGAAACAAGAACAAAGUUUUCAAGCGGAUUAAUGAAGUCGAGAGUGACAUUCAGCUUACGAAUCUUACGCAGUUGGAGGAGCCGGUUAGAACAAGUCGGGAGGGGAGAUCAGAACAUGGAGACGACGGGUCGCAGGAUGAUCGAUCACAGGAUGGCCGUUCGCAGGAUGAGUCGGCCCAUGUCCCCAGGAGCGUGAUUGUGACCAAGCCUUGGGCUUAG